AUGAGUGAUCUCGGCGGGACAAUCGCAUUCUCCAUAAUCGCUACUACGAUCAACGCGACUCGUGUUCCAGCCUUGAACUACGCCAGGGCGCAACCUAUGCCUGCUAACAAGCAUGGAUCCUCCUCGAAGAGCCACUUUGGCGGGGAAUCUCCGGAUACUAACGACUACAACUGCCAAUUCUGCGGGGUACCUCUAGCUGAUCGGCCCGAUGUGAAGAUAUGUCGACACUAUCAACGCCAUUACCAAGCACAGAACCAGCAGGAGGAAGCUACGCAAAGUACCAGCAGCGCCGCGGAGAAGACGGUGAGAACGGGGCAAGGCAAGGAGGCAUUUUGGUACCCUUCUUCGAGCUCACCGCCCCCACCCCAUUACUACCCUGGUAUGAUAAAACUCCUGCAGCGGGCUUUGAAGCAGUUACAAGCCAAGGGCCAAACAAGACGUGCAGUACUUUGCUACGAACAAGCGGUUUAUAUCCCGAGGGAAACUUGGGACGCCACCUGGGGAUGCGGGAACUUCUUGAUGGCUUGUGCUGCUCUGAUGGACCAGCAGCUACAACCUCUCUACUUUCCGUUUCUUGAUUCACCUAUCUCCCCUGGUGUGAGAAAUCUUCAGCGUUGGAUUGAGAAUGCUUGGAAAGAUGGCAAGUGCUUACGACGGCUUGUUGACGCCGGCUUUGACGAAGAAGGCCGCAAGGAGUUGAAGAACUUGGUGAAUACCAGGAAAUGGAUAGGCACGUCAGAUCUAUGGGUGGCAUUCACUUACCGCCGUAUACCUGCAGAGUUGGUGGAGUUCAAACUAGAAUCUUCAGGCGUCCAGCCUCUAAUCGACUGGAUAGUUGCAUAUUUCUCUUCAAGCAGUCUAUCGCAAAUGAAGGACUUCGAUGCUCGCAAAUAUAUCGAAGGUGUACCUCAAGGAGAGGCAGUCAGAAUCACUGAAAGGAUGCCCAUCAUUCUCCAGCAUCAAGGCCAUUCGAGGACGAUCGUGGGAUACGAAGUCACGAAGAAGGGAGAAGUCAAUUUGUUGACCUUCGACCCCUCCAGAGUCCCGAAACCCGCCUUACGUCGGGCAGCAUUAUCUCUAUGGGGCGGCAACCCAGACGCAUCUUCGCGAAGCGAUGGCCCUUUAACAAAGCAUCGCAGUAUACGUGAUUUCUUUAGUCCAGCUUCCCGUGCCUCAUCGCAUCAAAAGCGGAAGCCAUCUCUUGAAUCAUCCCCCGUCGAACAAAAGCGGUCACGACAGGAUAGCACCGUACCUGCCGCUACUAGAGCUAACACGUCGGGCGCAGCGGCCAAACCACCAGUGAAUGGGUCAGGGCAGAGUAACUUGAUCAACUUGGUAGACGACCAUGACGAGGAGAAGGCGGAGGUGGAGGUGGUAGGAACGAAUGCACCCACGAAAGGGACCAAGAAGCAAGCCAAGACCGAGCAAACGAAGCUCGAUGGCCUGGUGGAGAAAAUGCCGCCCAGCCAGGUCCUCGUCUCCUUUCGGUUGGAGUCUAAGAAACUCGGGAACAAGAAGGAAUACCAGAUCUUAUAUUUCCCAAUGACCGCACCGUUGACGGAGAAAGAACAGAAUGCGAGGAAGGUCGUGCGCAGUACCAGAUAUUGCUAA